AGAAAAUAAUUAUAUAUAAUUAUUUAUGAAUAUAUAUCUUAUAAUAAAUAUAGUUUACUACCAACAAAUAAAUUUUACGACGUUUAGGAGUAUCAGUAAGUCUAGGUGGCGUUUAAUCCUCACGAAACGAAGUAAGCAGCGGCGUCGUGAUACCUUCCUCAUAACGAACGAGAGGGUCACUAUGCUAGUAACAUCUGUGUAAUUAACCCGCAUGUCACUUCCAAUGAGCGGAAUGUUUUGCUAAUGUAAACAAAAUGGUUUAAAAUUGCUUGAAGUUCCGACAAAAACACGCCCGUUGCCGUCUUUCCGGGAUACCCUGUGCACUCGUCACCAUGUGGAAGUGCCACAAAUGCGGGAAGCCCGUUUACUUCGCUGAACGUAAACAGUCUCUUGGAUAUGACUGGCAUCCAGAAUGUUUACGAUGUGAAGAAUGUGGAAAGCGAUUGAAUCCUGGGCAACAUGCUGAGCACAAAGGCGUACCUUACUGCCAUGUUCCUUGCUAUGGAGCUCUAUUUGGACCUCAACUAUUUGGCCACGGCACAAGAGUGGAAUCACAUACGAGUUUUGGAAAAAAGGAGAGUCGACCAUCUUUACCAAGAUCACAUUUGGAAUCCAAGCUGAAAGUUUUUAAUCAGUAUUAUGAAGGUAAAAGUGGAGGAAUUCGAAGUCGCGAGGUCAAUGGAAGAUUGAUAUUAGAAGGUGCAUUGAGAAUUUAUUGGGGAGUCCGUGGCGUAAUUCACCUGAAGGAAGAUGAUGAUCAACGCACAGUGGUUACUGCACGAAAUAGAAAUUCAUGCAGGCAUAGUGUUUCUGAGGAUAUUGAAGACGAAGAUAAAAUAGAUGAACUAUCUAAGAGCACGUCAGACAGUAGUGUGGAAAAUAAUGCAAAAUCUGCUCCAACAUCGCCCGAUCAUUUAAAGAGCCUCACUCUACCCAUGAAAUUAGAUGUCAAGAACAUGGAAUGGGAUGAGCUGGACGAACUCCUACAGGUUGAACGGAAGGUUGAGGAUGGUAACAAAUUAUAUCAGACGAUGCCUGAAAAUCUUCCAUCAAUAAGCUCACAAUCCAGUGUGGAUACACCACCACUCUCAUCUCAAUCAAGUCUCGAUCGAUCAGAUUCCCGCGACAAUUCAGAAACGAGCAGUCCCAAUCAUCAGACUACUAACCGAGAUAAUGACAGCAGCUUGAAUAGUACGCCAACGCACAGCAUAGACAGUUCUUCCAGUACAGACACUCCUGUUUGUAAUUUAGGAGCUUCCAAUCGAAAUGGUACACUUCGAAGAGCAGAGUACUUUGACAAUUUGGAGAAGAACACGAGCAAUAAAUCGAUUAGCACGGACGACAGCUGGAUCGAAAAAGGUCUAAAUCGAUCGUUAUCCGGUCCUGAUUGUCUUCAAAGACACAGAACUGACAGUGACACGGAUUCGGUGAAUUCUCUGCAAUUCAGAGAGGACGACAACAUGACUAUGUCUACAGACAGCGGGCUAGAGCUAGAUGGCGUUGUUUUGCGUCGCAAACAAGGCUCCACAGCGAUCAGACGACGUCCAGGUGGCAGACGCCAAUCACGAAGCCGAUUACGACGUCGUUGCUCGAUCAAUGGUCACUUUUACAAUCGAGAGACCAGUUUCUUCACGCCGCCUCACGGUUCACAAAUGUCCGUUUGGGUAACGAGUCUAGUUAAUACCCAGGAAGUUAUUAAUCUUAUGUUGGACAAAUACAAAGUCGAUGCAAAGUCCGAUAACUUUGCAUUAUUUGUAGUUCGCGACAAUGGUGAGCAAAGAAGACUUAAGGACGACGAGUAUCCUUUGGAAGUUAGAGUAGUUCUGGGUCCACAUGAAAACGUUGCACGAUUGUUCCUGGUCGAUAAGCUGUCCACACCUGAGAUCAGCUCCGAUGUCGCUCAGUUUCUCAAUCUAUCUUUAGCAGAAUGCCAUGGUAUAUUACAACGUUAUCACUACGAAGAAGAACGUCAGAUUCUCAUGUUGAAAGAGAAAUACAAAGAGAUGCGAAAAAGAAUAAAGCAAAGAAUGGAGGAGCUAAAAGUUCGAUUAUAGGUAGAUUGACGAAUAAAUGUGCGUACACAUAUGGAUAGCCACGCAAUUAUUUUUAUAAGCUUAAAAAUUUCUUCGUAAAAAGAUAUUCAUAGCAGUAAUCUAUAAUUCAUACCAGAUAGGUAUGCACUGCAGUAACAUGACACAGUCUAUGACAUAAACUACAUAAAGCAUUUUUUUAAGUAUUGUAUAACAUCCCUGCAUUUUAUUUUUAUUUGUAACUUAACAUUUUGUUAUUACGUUUACUUUUGUUUUAAAUUUCUGUUGCAUUUAUUCUAUAAUCGUUAUAUAUAUAAAUGCUAUUAAUUAGGAUGCUUUAAUAUGGACAAAAGGAAAUCGAAUCUCUAGUGAUUUUAUAUUAAAUUUUCACGUUUAUCGGAGAUGACAAUAUGUGAUAGACGUAAUAUAUGCGAAGUAUAUAUGUUAUUCUUAUAUCUUGUUAUACAAAUAAUUUCUGAGUAAUUAACGAAAAAUGCAGGAAUUUUCAAUUUAUUUUGUAUUGUAAGCAAGGCGAUUAGGAAUUUGAACAUUAAUGUAUAAAUUGUCAUUACUGUAAUAGUUAAUGUUUAAUAAAUUUUAUAAGCAAUUAAUAAUAAUUACUUAUAAAAUUAAUUAAAAAUGAAUGAAGAUUCGAGAAGAGCUACAUUCGAUGUUUCUCUGCAUGAAUGUUAUUUAUAAUCACACAUAAAAUUCUACUGUCACAAUGGAUAAAACAUUGUGUUUUAUCGUAAUUUUUCCAGCAUUCCGACAUCUCGAUGCAGUGAUAAAAAGUAAUGAAAACGUAUUUUUAUAUCGGUUUUUAAAGGAGAUCUGUUUAAUGCGAACGAGAAGUCAUUUUUAUCUAAUAGAUGUCGAUAAUAACUGUUAAGAAUUUAAAGUCUUCUAUCCUUUGCAUGUCAACGUGGUUCAGGUAUAAGUUCAGGUAUAAAUGGAUAUACACAUUAUGUAUUCAGAGCCGUACACAAUUGCUGUCAGAUAUUCUGAUAUUGUAAUCCGGGACUAUUGUUAUGCGAAACAAAUUGCAGGGCGCAAAACAAAAUGCCGCACGCAGCAAUUAAUCGUCAGAAUAUUGUAACGCGCCGCGAAUCUAUGGAAUCGCCGUUUCAAGCUAGUCAUGUUUCACGCUUAGUCACUGAUAUCGAUUGCAUCCAUCCCAUUUUCACCUAGAGGCCAAAAGCGGCAUAUUGUAUACUGAGCCACGUUUACGUACAUUACAAAA